GUAGCCUUGAUCAAAACUGCUAGAAAUCAGAGUAGUCGCCGCACCAGCUGACUGGGCUAGCUGGCAGGUCGCUGCUGUAGAAGUAAACCAGAAAGUGACUCGAAAUAAAUUGAACAAAAUUCCAUCCAGUGACAUGUCCGAACUGCAAGCAUCGCUACUGCUCAAUCGCCAGCUCUCCGAGCUGCAGCGCAAUCCCGUCGAGGGCUUCUCCGCCGGCCUGGUCAGUGAUUCGGACAUCUUCAGGUGGGAGGUGGUAAUCAUAGGCCCGCCGGACACCCUCUACGAGGGUGGGUGCUUCAAGGCGCACCUUGUCUUCCCCAAGGAAUACCCACUGCGUCCGCCGCGGAUGAAGUUCAUCACCGAGAUCUGGCAUCCGAAUAUCGACAAGGCUGGCGACGUCUGCAUCUCGAUCCUCCACGAGCCGGGUGACGACAAAUGGGGCUAUGAGAAGGCCGAGGAGCGCUGGCUGCCCGUUCAUACCGUGGAGACGAUCCUCCUCUCGGUGAUCUCCAUGCUCACCGAUCCCAAUGACGAGUCGGCUGCCAAUGUGGACGCGGCCAAGGAGUAUCGCGAGAAUUACGCGGAGUUCAAGCGCAAGGUCACCAGGUGCGUCCGCCGGAGUCAAGAGGAGGUCUAGAGUCUGCAACAUGACGAGAAAUCCGUAGCGGUCUACAUGCUAAUCACGUGAAUAAAGAGAGCAACUAGUUGAA